UACUAUAAAGUCAUAAUUAAGGUUACAGCCUUAACCCGGAACACUCUUGUAAAUGUUUUAACAAUCGGUCAACACAUGGAGAUGAUCACCUGGUUCGUCGUACUCAUCACCAUCUGCAUCACAGCCCUCCUCAACCUCCUGUUCAUUCGCAAGAAAAGCUCCAGAACCCAGCAGCUCCCUCCUGGACCCUUCACCGUCCCCAUCCUCGGUAGCAUCCUAUGGCUCCGCAAGUCCUCUUCUGAGCGCGAGCGAAUGGUCCGCAACCUCCACAACAGGUAUGGGCCCAUACUCACCCUCCGCCUCGGCUUGCGCCCAACUAUAAUCGUGGCCAACCGAGGCCUAGCCCACAAAGCCCUCGUCCAGAACGGCGCCGUAUUCGCCGACCGUCCACCCGCCCCUCUCACCUCCAAGAUCUUUAAUAGCAACCAGCACAACAUCAGCUCCUCGUUCUACGGCCCCACGUGGCGCAUCCUCCGCCGCAACCUCACCUCCGAGAUCCUCCACCCUUCGCGCGUCAAGUCCUACACUCGCGCCCGCAAGUGGGUCUUGGACAUCCUCAUCAACCGCCUUAUAUCUCACUCCACGACCGAAUCCGGAAACGUUAAACCUGUUGUCGUGAUUGACCAUUUCCAAUACGCCAUGUUUUGUUUGCUGGUACUCAUGUGCUUCGGAGACAAGCUUCGCGAGACCCAGAUAAAAGAAAUCGAAGACAUCCACCGUCGCCAGCUUUUGAGCGCCGAACGUUUUAACAUACUCAACUUUUGGCCUAGGCUUGGAAAGAUAAUAUUCCGUAAGCGUUGGAAGGAGUUCUACAAUAUUUUCGAAGCCCGGAAGGCCGUACUAAUGCCUUUGAUAGAAGCGAGGAAGAGAGCGAGGCAGGAAAGAUUAAACAAGGCAAGAGAGGAUAUCCAGCUGCAACAAGACAAAGAUGAUGACGACUUUGUGGUGUCGUACGUGGAUACGUUGUUGGAUUUGGAGUUACCGGAGGAGAAGAGGAAGCUUGAAGACGGGGAAAUGAUUAGCUUGUGCUCGGAAUUUCUCAACGCGGGCACGGACACUACGUCCACGGCGUUGCAGUGGGUAAUGGCGAAUUUGGUGAAAUACCCACGCGUCCAAGAGAAGGUUUUGGCAGAAAUUAAAGGGGUCGUUGUGGGGGAUGGAGAGAAGGAGGUGAAGGAGGAGGAUUUGCACAAGCUGCCGUAUUUAAAGGCAGUGGUUUUGGAGGGUUUAAGGCGGCACCCACCUGCGCAUUUCGUGUUGCCACACGCGGUGACAGAGGAUGUGGUUUUGGAUGGCUACUUGGUGCCCAAUAAUGCCAGUUUGAAUUUCAUGGUGGCGGAUAUGGGAUGGGACCCCAAGGCCUGGGAGGAUCCGAUGGCGUUCAAGCCUGAGAGAUUCUUGAGUGGUGGAGGAGGGGAAGUGUUUGAUAUAACGGGAAACAGGGAAAUAAAGAUGAUGCCUUUUGGGGCAGGGAGGAGGAUUUGUCCUGCUUCUGGUUUGGCAAUGCUUCAUUUGGAGUAUUUUGUAGCCAAUUUGGUAUGGAAUUUCGAGUGGAAGGCUGUGGAUGGAGAUGAGGUUGAUUUGUCAGAGAAGCAAGAGUUCACGAUGGUGAUGAAGUAUCCAUUGAAGGCCCAUCUAUCUCCCAGGUGAUCUCGAACCGAAUAAUAUUCCAUUAAUGGAAGAGUAUUUUUGUUUUUUCAAUUUUUGAGGGGACAAAAAUAUCCCUUCCAAUAUAGCUAAUGGAAUAUUGUGUAGAAGAGGAUCCUAAUUCGUUUUGAAUGGUCUGGUUGAUUUUCUAGGUAAGAUGUCAAUGUUAACUUUGAAUUAAAUGAAGGAAUGGAAGCCUGUGCGUUUCUGUGUGGCUCUGGCUCUCUCUGUUUUUUCUGUUUGUAUAUAUGCCCUCGGCCUUGUGAACCUUAAUUGGACCGACUCUUUCAAUAGACCUAUGCUUUCUGCCUGUUUGGGAAUA